AUAAUGUUAAAUCAGACAAUCCCGUAACUGCAUCUACACCAGCUCAUUAUGAAGAAAAAUCAAUUCCGUUGCCAACUAUAACCCAAUUUUCAACAAAAGAAUGCGCGACACAUUUACGACAACCGGAGUCAACAGUAAACUCCAACGGUGUUUAUGAAGCGUUAUUUAAUGCAAAUGGGUUAAAUUUUACAAAAAAGGAUAUUGAAAAGUUUGAAGUUACAAUUAUAAUGGAUAAUCCAGAAGAGAUACCCGUGUCUAGUUUAGGUGUUGAAAUGCGAGCUUUUGAUUCUCAAGUACAAGAUCCGCUGUUAAUUAAAGAUUACGAAGAGACCAAUACUAACGUUAUUGAUCAACUUCUAUCUUUAAUUGACUUGAAUUUAUAUUUUCUGACUUCUCAACAGUAUUAUGAGUUGGAAUUAUCAAGAAUUCGUAAGAACGUAAUAGUGAAAAAAUGGUGGGACAUUUUAGGAAUUCCAUCAAGAUAUGUAGAUGAGACGUAUUUAAACUCCAUAUUAGAAAGUCGACCAUACUCUCCAUUUGAUGAGUCUUUAGGUCUUUCUUAUGCUACAUUAGCGGUUGUUAUGAGAACUUGGAGAGUUCCAUUUGAACAAGAACAAAUGUUAUUAUUUGAUACAUUUGGUCAAAUUGCCGGUGUUGGACCAAGUGCAAUUCGUUCAUGGGGGGUUAUUCAAAGGAUGAAAUGUUUUGGUAUCAAAAAAGGCGUCAAGAAACAUAUGAAUCGUCGUUAUCCAAGACUACCGUUUAUUAAAUCAGAAACCGAUAAACCAGAAGACAAUAAUAACAAAGUUGAUGAAGAAAUAGGUGUAUCAAAUUCAAUAACAACGAUGAAUCAUGAUGAAGUUCAAAUUGAAAUCUUGGAAAGAAUUGACGCUAUAGAAAGAUUUCUUGGAGAAUUUGUGGUGGAUGCAGAGUAUCUACAAACGUUGGAGAAUCAUCGGCGUUAG